AUGUUGGUAUGGCCCACAUGGCCCCCCGGCCUCGCCUGGCAGGGGUACAGACGAAGCGUGCUCGGCGAGAGCACGGACCAGAGGCAGCUGUUUCAGUCUGCGCUCGCAGACGGAAGUAGGGGCCUGGACAAGGACGAGUUUGCCAUUCUUUGCCAGUCGCUCCUGCAUAUUGAUCUGACCUUUCAAGAGCUCGAGCGCAUUUUUGAGAUGGUCGUGACCUCCGAAGGGCGUCACGUCAUGACGGAGGAUCACUUCGUGCAGACCAUCCGCAAUCGUUUUUUCCUGCGGAACAUUCGGCGAGUGGCUACACGUGACCACGCAUACCAUGGCCGUUACACAGUCGAUCGCCAGGUUUGGCAGGACAGUGUGCUUGCCACAGUUGUUCAGAGAACAACCGAGCAGCAUCGUCCUAGGCUCGUUUUCACUUGUGGCGCCAUGGGUGUGGGUAAAGGUUUUGCACUGGCCUGGAUGUCGCGAAAUGGAAUCUUCCCUCUGGAAGAUAUCGUGCAUAUUGAUCCGGAUCAUUUCAAGCAAGUGAUGCCAGAAUGGGAAGUGUACCUGGAGCAUGGCCGCAAACGCGGCAAUCCUGACAUACCGGGCAAUCGCUGCCAUCGCGAAAGUUGCUACAUGCAAGAAAUCGCUUUAGAGGAGUCAUUGAGAAGAUCCCAGCACAUCUGGGUGGACGGAUCUCUGCGCAAUGCGGAGUGGUUCGUCAAUGUUUUCAGUGACAUCCGUAUGCGCUACCCAGCGUAUCAGAUAGCGAUUUUCAAAGUCACCGCGCCUGAAGAGAUUAUCCGCAAACGGGUUGCAGACAGGGCCAAGCAAACCGGGAGAAGCAUUCCUGAAUCAACGUUGGUGGCGAGCAUCGAAGCCGUAGAAAGGUCCGUGCUGACAUUGACACCGCACGCCGAUUUUUUGGCCAGCAUCGACAACUCAGCUUCAACCCCAAAGUUACAAUAUUUUGCAGCAGUCGACCGCUCUGGUGAUUGGCAGCGGAUUGCUACAAGGUUUGCACACAUCCUGCCAGCAACCGAUGCGUUUCCCAAGAAACUGUCUCCGUUUUUUGUGUCUCGACUGGAAGACUGCCCCAAAUUGGAGCUCCAGGAGCCUUUGAGACUGCGAUCGGAUGGUGUGAACAGUUGCCAAGAUGGCAUUCUGGUCAUGCGGGGCUUGAAGUUUGAGGUGAAGUUGUCUCCAGGCAUCCGGGUGACGCUUGAUCCCGAGACACGACGAGUUGCAAAUUUGCACGAGGAUGCUGUGGCUGUGGCAUUCCUGCACCCGCUACCACAUCUUCCAAAGAGUGCUGAGACAGAGUUGACAUACGCAGAGCAGCAGGUUUUGAAUCUUGGCGCGCUGGCCAAUUUCAACCUCGCUGAUCGGCUGGUGGCCAUGAACUCCGUUGCCUCCACUACGCGGCAGCGUCAGCCUGCCCUGCUGGAGUUUGGCUCCGCGAUAUCGGUGUCCAAAGAGGAGGCAGCUUCUCUGCCCGCAAAUAGGUGGGCACCAGUCAAGCUCCAGCACAUGAGGGAGGCAGGUGGCCGAAGAUUUGCCUUCGUGACCCCACUGGAGAAGUUGGCGAGCCGCCGUGUGAGUGCAAACAGUGGCUUCCUUUUCGAGAUCGUCUCGCAGGGCAGCAACACCAUCCUCGACAGCGACGUUCGAGGCGUGACGUCCCGCUCUCCAUCUUACAAGGUGGACCACAUUGGACGCACUGUUAAGUCAACGAAGCUCCGCCAUGCUUGGACGCUGCACCUUGGCGAAACUGAAGUCAAAAUUGAACUGGAGCAUAGUCGCCUCAGCGGCAAGAAGAAAGUGCUGGUUGAUGGGAAGCUUCUUUUCUCAACCACCGAGAGGCACCUGAAUUGGUGCUGGGAGCACCCGGCAUCAAAAGCCCGGAUCAGCUUGAUUUCAGAGAAUGGCAAGCACCUCCUCAGAUGCGAGGAGCCUGAUGCAGCGAAAGAGACCACCGAGCCUGCAGAUCCCCAGUCAGACACAUCGCCAGUGAUUGAGAAAUCUGCCAGCUUCGAGCCCUGGGCCUCCAGCCCCGAGCCAGUCCUGGCAGAGGUGGUUGACCCUGAAGCAUUCGAGUCGGGCGACAGUCCUGUUAGACAGAAUCUGUCCACCAAGUACGCGAACUGUGAGGACAGCCUGCAGGACUACGAUGCAGAGAUUGCCGAAGAGGCCAAACCUUCCAUACCGUCAUAUCUUGUGACGCGGCCGCAGCGCAAGAGUGCUCUUCAGGAAGUCUCGGCGGAGACAGCACGAUUGAACGCACUGCUCGGAGUCAAAGAUGCCCAGAUAGCCGCCUUGCAAGAUGAGCUUCGAAGAUGCGCUUUGGGCAAGGAGGCUAGUGGUCCGGUGGUUGACACGGAGCCAACCGGCGAGUUGCUGGAAACGGAGCCGGUUCUGAGCCCCAUUCAGAGACUGGAGGGACCGAUGCCACAGCUGCCUCCGCCGCAGCUGGUCGCGAGCGUGCAGGAGCACUUUCUAGUUGCUGAGUUGCCAACUCUCCCCGUGCCUUCUCCGCCUGCAGCGUGUGGAGACUCUCCCGAUGGUGGGAGUCGUCUAUCCCCGCCAGCGAAGUCUGCUUUGAAUCCGCUGGAUGAAGAGGAGCUGGACGUGACGCACCGGCGUGGACCAGCACAGUGUCAGGGUACGCCUCUGCCAGCACAGCCAAUGCAGCCACCGCGGUCUACGACCCCACCAGCCCAGCCAUCUCCCUUUGUGGUUCAACGCUAUGUUUCCACUCCGCGAAGAUGCACAAGAGGGGCUCAGGUUGAUGCGGUCGAGCAUCAAGGCAUAGAGCCAGCCCGAGGGAGGGCCGGCAGUGUUCCACCAGUUCAUUGGGCGUCCCGACCGUGGCAGGUGGAGCCGAAUGCUCGUUCCUCCGGAAGGCACGAACGGAGCUCGGUUCCCCCUCCGCAUGUGAGGAGCAUCUCUGUGCAGCCGCAGUCAUGCUGGAGCCGCACGCCUGGGCCUGCCUCGCGAUCGAUCACUCCUCGCCGGGGUCCGCGUCAGGUGCAGGCACCUGUUUUUCAGAUGCCCCCCAACGGACUGAUGCCAGCACCAAGAGGCUGCCCACCUCCGUGGCAGCUCCUUCCACAGUGGCCGCAUGGUCAUCAAGGUCCGAAGGUGUCUGGCCUACAACCUGGUCCCAUGCUGACCCCAGCACUCUUUCCUCCUCAACUUCCUGGGCCAGUGGCAGGUCCCGUCCCUGUACUGGCUCACCCAUCGGUUGCGCAGCCCUGCAGGCUAAACCCAGCAGCCGGUGUGGCCGGAAUGGCGCCAGGCUUAAGGCUGAUGGCGCAGCCCAGACCUGUACGUUUGUAG